GCAGGAUAGGAAACGUGGAUGGACAAACCCACUACCCCUGCAGAACUGCUCUGGGGUCAUGAAUGUCCAUAGAGGACCAUGGUUUUUAAAGUCUUGUGCCAAAGUCAACCCGCCAAACAUCGCGUGGAACUUCGAUUACCUACUUAAGAAAAGGUAAAUGGCUGAGCUGAUGCUUCCAGGAUAUGAACCUUUGGUCGCAGGGAGUGCAAAACACAGCCCACUACACAGACAUUCCCCAGCUCGCUGCGUGGGGGGCAAGGAUCAGCUUGUGGUCUGCCUGAGAUUCUAGCAGGAUUAGUCACUGUCUGAAAACUGAAGUAUUGUCGUUGGGGUUGUUUUUAAGCCUGGGUGACUAUUCGGGUGAGAAAGCUGACUCUCCCCCUGGCCCCGAGCACUACUCGUGUUCCGGCAGCGCCGAGCAGGCACCAACCGGAGUGAAGAAAGAGCAACUUGGGAACGUUAACGAAAAGCACCUUUCUGUUUCGGCGGGGAAACAGAAAUAGAAGGACCUUAAAACACUUUGGAAACACUGGGCCAGCACCUCAGCAGAUGUUAAAACUUGACACCCCCCCAUUUCUGAAAGAUGGCUGUUAAGUGGGGGAAGGGAAAAAACAUCCUUUGUGUCCUAAUGCGAAGAUCAUGAGGAGACAGAGAAAGUGCCAUAACUUCUAAUUAAAUGAGGAAGCAUUUUAGAAGAAGUACUGCCUCAGGAGACAUGAGGAAAGGCCGCUCCGGUUUGCCAGAUCGGGAAGCUUGACUGAGAACUCAACUGAGCCUACAAAUCCUAACGAAUAGAAAUGGUUUUCCUUCUAGCUGGGGCUGAGCUAGAUACGUCUGGGAAAACACGUAUUUUACCAUCAAUCUUAAUGGCUACAAAACACAUCCAGAUAAUGCACUUGGUGCCUCUAUGAGGCUUUCCGGUGAUGGCAAGGAACCCCUUCUCUCUGUCUGUGAUAAGGACUGCAUCACUGAAAUUGCCUAGCAAGACAGGCCUGAGGAACUUCAACACCACUGAGGAGAGAAACACAGACUUGAUCAUGACUGACAGCAGUAUGCUAGUGUCUGAUACCGGAAGGAGUCUCUUGGGAGAUUCUUCUGUUCUUGAUUCAAAAAUUAUAGAAACGUCCAAGGAGAAUAUAUUUAUUGGAUUGGCGUCAGAUGCUGAAGAGGAAAUGCCUCAGAUUGAAACCAGAGUGGUUUUAAUUCAGGAAGCUGGGAAACGUGAGGAACUCUUGAAAGCCUUGGAGGAAAUUAAAGUGCCCUAUAUCAAGAUGGAGUCUGUGGAAGAGUUUGGGGAUUCUGAGUCUCCAGAAUUUGAGACAGUCUUCAUUGUAGCAGACUUUCAAGAUACCAUCUUGGAGAACUUGUACAAGUUUGACUGUCGUGUUCUUGGACCUCCAAUAGUACUUCAUUGUGCUCAAAAAGGAGAGCCUCUACCUUUCUCAUGUCGCCCAUUGUACUGUGCAAGUAUGUUGAAUCUGGUGCUGUGCUUUACAGGAUUCAGGAAGAAAGAAGAACUAGUUAAGCUUGUGACCUUGGUUCAUCAUAUGGGUGGAAUUAUUCGAAGGGACUUCAGUUCAAAAGUUACACAUCUGGUGGCUAAUUCUACGCAAGGAGACAAAUUCAGACUUGCUGUGAGUCUGGGAACUCCUAUUGUGAAAGCUGAGUGGAUUUACAAGGCUUGGGAGAGAAGGAAUGAAACUGACUUCCGUGCAGCUGAUGAGGAAUUCAGAAAUGAGUUCAAGGUUCCCCCAUUCCAAGACUGCAUGUUAAGUUUCCUUGGAUUUUCCGAUGAAGAGAGAAUUAACAUGGAAGAAAUGACAAAAAUGCAAGGUGGGCAGUACUUGCCAGUUAGUGAUGACAGGUGCACACAUCUGGUUGUUGAAGAAAAUACAGUAAAAGAUCUCCCAUUUGAGCCUCCAAAAAAACUUUAUGUUGUAAAGCAAGAGUGGUUCUGGGGAAGCAUUCAGAUGGAUGCCAGAGCUGGAGAAUCCAUGUACUUAUUUGAAAAGCCAGAGAGUCCUGAACUCAAAAAGUCAGUGUCGCAACUUUCUCUGAAUACCCCAAAUAGCAAUCGCAAAAGACGUCGCUUGAGAGAGACCCUUGCACAGCUCACCAGAGAAACUGACAUGUCACCAUUCCCUCCUCGGAAACGCCAAUCAGCUGAGCAUUCCCUUUCUAUGGGGUCUUUACUGGAUAUUUCUAACACGCCAGAGUCCAUCAUUACCAAUGGAGAAACACCAAAAUCAUCUUCAAAGCCUUCCAAAAAUUCAACUCCUCUACCUGCAAAGCAGUCUGCAAGAUGGCAGGUUGCAAAGGAACUGUAUCAGACAGAAAGUAACUACGUAGAUAUUCUGACAACAAUUAUUCAGUUAUUUCAAGUUCCUUUGGAAAAAGAAGGGCAGCUUGGAGGACCUAUCCUUGCACAGGAGGAAAUUAAGACCAUAUUUGGCAGCAUUCCAGACAUCCUUGAUGUGCACACUAAAAUAAAGGAAGACCUUGAAGGCCUUAUGAUAAACUGGGCUGAAAGCAAAAGUAUUGGUGAUGUCAUUCUUAAAUAUUCAAAAGACUUGUUGAAAACAUAUCCUCCUUUUGUGAACUUCUUUGAAAUGAGCAAAGAAACUAUUAUGAAAUGUGAAAAACAGAAGCCACGGUUUCAUGCUUUCCUAAAGAUAAACCAAGCUAAACCAGAGUGUGGCCGUCAAAGUUUGGCUGAACUACUCAUUCGACCAGUUCAGCGGUUGCCUAGUGUUGCUUUACUUCUAAAUGACCUUAAGAAACAUACAGCAGAAGACAACCCAGACAAAGGCAUGCUAGAAAGAGCUAUUGAAUCAUUAAAGGAAGUGAUGACGCACAUUAAUGAAGACAAAAGGAAAACAGAAGCACAAAGACUGAUCUUUGAUGUUGUGUACGAAGUUGAUGGAUGUCCAGCCAAUCUCUUGUCAUCUCACCGAAGCUUAGUUCAGCGAUUGGAAACGGUUGCACUUGGCGAUGACCUCUGUGACAGAGGAGAACAGGUCACGCUCUUUCUGUUUAGUGACUGUCUAGAGAUUGCAAGGAAACGGCACAAAGUUAUCAGUGCUUUCAAGAGCCCCCAUGGCCAGACCAGGCCCCCAGCAUCUCUCAAGCACAUUGUUCUCAUGCCUCUCUCGCAGAUCAAGAAAGUGCUAGACAUCAGGGAGACAGAAGACUGCCACAAAGCUUUUGCCUUGGUUGUGCGGCCACCAACAGAACAGAACAACUUGUUGUUCAGUUUUCAGAUGACAACUGAGGAGCCUCCUAAAGAGGAUUGGCUGAAGAUGCUGUGUCGGCAUGUAGCGAAUACAAUUUGUAAAGCAGAUGCUGAAAACCUUAUUUACACUACCGAUCCUGAUUCAAUUGACAUAAAUACAAAAGAUGUGGACAGUACGUUGAGUAGGGCAUCCAGGGCAAUAAAGAAAACAUCAAAAAAGGUUACAAGAGCAUUUUCUUUCUCCAAAACACCAAAGAGAGCUCUUCGAAGGGCGUUAAUGGCACACAAUACAGUAGAAGGAAGGAGUCCCUGCUCAGCUAAUGAAAGUUACUUAGGCAGCCGCCUGACCAGUACAUCCUCGUUAGCAGGUAUCCCUUCUCCUUCCUUGGUCAACCUUCCCUCAUUGUUUGCAAAGAGGAGUCAUACCUUAAGUCGAUCAACAACCCACUUGAUAUGAAGUAGGCUUAAAAUGGACUCCUAUACUGUAAUGACUGACAAGCUACUGGCUGUUCAGAUGACCUAUUACUGACAUUAAUGGUACUUUAGUCAUUGUCACUUAGUUGCUUAACUUAGUUACCUAACAUUUUGCUAACUGGUAGGGACUCUUUGACUAGUACUGAAGCAGAUCACCUAAUCAACCAAACAAGUGAAAAACUUGAUCUAGGUUUAGAAAUAUUGUAUUCCUUUGCACAAUCCAUUUCCCCACCAGCGUAAUGUAAACACUUUCUUUCAACAAACUGUCUCCUUUAUGCAAUAAAUUGUUUUGGUGUUAAAUGCUGAAAUUAAGAAGUCUCUUACUUGAGUCAUCCACUGGAGGAUGAUAUUCAGUUAAUCUAGAAGAGGCUACUUAACUUCAUCAAUUGGCUCUGUACUACUAAUCUUAAAAGCUAAUGCAUGGACCAUUGACUAACCUGAAAUAGUUUAAGAUACACCCUUUAAAGUAUAACAGUUGGCCUGUUAUACAGCUGCUUUGUCUGGCUAUUCUAGAAGAUCUAGUUUAUUGGUGCAUGAGUGUACCUUUUUGAGUGGUCUACUGCAUAUGCAUCCUUCGUACUUUCUAUGCAUCCUUUUCUAAUCCAAUACAUCCAAAUCCUGUGACUGGCUUAGCCACCAAAAGUAACUGAUCUGAUAGCAAAUUAAAACUAACAUUUUUGGAUGUGGAAGUCCAAGGAAAAAACAUCACUGUACUUAAAUUGUAUUUAUAGCCUUUGAAUUGAGACUAUUUUUAAAAAUAGUCUCCAAACUUUGUAUAACUACUUUUUUAUAUAUAGCUUAUUCAUUCACAGUCUCCUCCAGUGCGAAGCUGAAAUUGUGGACCUGGUUUCAAUGUCUAACAGUAAUAUUUUUAUGUACAGGUUUUUGGUGUAUAAUUUCCAAAACCUUUUUCUACAUCUUUGCUAUACUUAAUCUUUUUGUAUUUUUUUUCUUUGCAAGCUGUACAUUUUUAAAAUCAUGUUUUCAGUCUGUAUUAUCCAACCCCGUCUCAGGAAUUGUCCAAAUGUGUAUAUUUCUGCACUUAAUAACUUUGAACUAAUUGCCUGUGUGUCAUGCGUGGCAUUUCCAACUCUUAAGAUUCCAUUUAACUACAAAAUGCUACUUUUUCUGUUAUAUGUAAUUAGUGCUGCUUUUGAAGAUGUCAGAUGGCCUGUUACUUCUGUAUUUUUAAGAUAGGUUUUUUUGCCAAUAUAAAUCAUGUAAAUAAACUGUUUAAAACAUU